AUGGCCAACUUACAGAAUGGCAAAUUUGAUUGUAAUUACUUACAGUAUGCCGAUGAUACGUCCUUAUAUCAGCACUCCAAGGUUAAAAAUUUGAGCAAAUGUGUAGAUGAUAUGCAGAAAGAACUGGACCGUGCGAAUAGCUGGUCUAAGAAUUCGAACUUGCUAAUGAAUCCUACGAAGACAAAAACGAUGGUCUUUUCAACAGCCCAGAUGUCCACAACUCAUAACCUGGCUUCGUUGGAGCUUGUCUCGAUGGAUAUCAAUCAUCAAAACAUCGAACGAACAAAGUCAUGGAGGGUUUUGGGUAUAAAGCUUAACGAACACCUUAAAUGGAACCUUCAUUUAAACGAAGUUAUAAGAUCGUGUUAUGCUGUUUUGGCUGACUUGCGACGGUUAAAGAGAUUCACAACAUUUCGUUUAAGAAAACAAUUGACUGAAUUGCUAGUAUUGUCAAAAUUGGACUAUUGCAACUGUCUAUACGGGUCAUUUCCUGCAUACCUUUUAAAACGGCUGCAAAAGGUUCAAAACUCGGCUUCUGGUUUUGUUAAUGGCAUGUAUUCUAAAGCUGGAGAUGUGGUUUCAAUUGGUUGGGUACUAAUUAAAGAAAGAAUCGAUUACAGUAUUGCUAAACUUGCAUUUCAAGCUCUUAACGACGAAAGAUGGCCAGGUUAUUUAACACUAGAAGUAAAAGAAGUUACUAGAGUUUUGAGAAGUAACAGUGAUGGUACUUUAAGACUCAAACACUCUUACAUCGAAGAUACUUUUCAGUAUAAUGCUGCAAAAGUUUUUAAUGAUAUUUCUGAUGAUUUUAAAUGUAUGGAUUUUAAAAACGUUAAAAUUUCCUUAAAGAAACUUUUACUAGAUCGUAGUAAGGAAAGACUAAAUUUAGACUGA